GUUGUUUUUUCUUUCUUUCUUUCUUUUUUAACCUGUCAUGCAGAUCAAGUCUGCUUGCAGGCUGGCAGACAGCAUAUCUACACCAGGAAGCUUACUGUUUCAGCUGCUGUCUGCGAUGAUUCUUUGAAACUAAGCCGUAAUUCUCCUGCUUCUGUACCGUGACACAGAGAAACACUACGCAUCAUUUUAUAGAGGAAUGAUAUAAGAUACAAACCUAAGGAACAAUGGCAGAUGACAGACAGUUUGUGGCUGAGUCACAGCAACUGGACACAAGCUCUUUAUCUGAACUUCUACAUCCAUGUUCCACAGAUGUUAAAGAGCAAGGUAAUGCAGACAGUGCAGCUGCCGCAAAGGAGAAUGGUUUCUCAUACAGAGGCAGUGAGGAUGAAGCCUACAGUGAGCAGGAAGGCAAGACAAACUACCCUGGUGUCAGCAGCAAUGGAAUUAAUGGAAAAGUAACAUCAGAAGAUGAAGUAACAGCAGAGGAAGUAUCAGCAAGGAUAGUGCAAGAGGUAACAGCUGAAGCCGUUGCAGUUUUGAAAGGGGAACAAGAGAAGAAAGUUCUACAAGCUGACCUGCCUAGAAAAAUUUCAUUAGACGAAGAUUCAGCUAACUUGCCACCAUCUCCGCCGCCAUCUCCAGCAUCAGAAAAGACUGGCGUAGUAGAUAAAGAAGAAGAUGCAGUUGUUAAUUCUGUGAUUAAGGACGAAGAACCAGUGUCGUUACUUGAUAGAGUACAGAAGGUGGAUUAUGCUUGUACUGAGUCUUUAGACCAGGCAGAGGUUCUACCUAAGGUCGAGGCAGAUCACAACAUGGAGAUCAAUGUGGAUCAUGAAAAAACUGUGCCAGCUGAGAUUCCCAGUGUGAGAGAUGUGAAGGGUGAGGGAGAGAAAACAAUACCUUCCACUCUUCUGGAAGGAGAAGCAACUGUACAGAAAACUGAAGAACCAAAGCAAGUUUUGCCAUCUUCAGAAACAGAGGCCAUGGACUAUAAGAUCACUGAGGGAGAAGCAAUUUCUCCACAAGAUCCAAAUAAACCUGAGGAGGGAAUUUGUGAAAGCACCAUACCAAAAGUCACCUUGUGCCACACUGAACUAGCUGGUCCAUGCACUAUUGAAGCAAAAUCCACCGAAAAAUCAUCAUCAUCAUCCAGAGCAACAGAUGAUGUUAUUAAAAGUGAAAAGACAGUUCAUGUCCAAAUGCCUUCUUCUGAAUUUAGCUUUACUAAACACCGAAAUGGAGUAAAAGAUUCUAGAGGCACACAUGAUGUUUCUGCAGAAGGACUUUGUACCAAACCUAUCCUUCCUCAGAGUGAAAUACCCUCCGUAUCUUCACACCAGGUAUGCGACACAAAAGUUACUAUUAAUGAUUCUGAAAAUGCAUCACUUGCUACAGCAGUACCACAGUCAAAGGAGGCUGAUAUUAGUGAACCAGUGUCACCUAUUGAUAUUCAAAUUACAGACAAUUCUGCAGAUGGGGGUGUAAAUCCAACAACAGUAUUAAAACAGGAUGACAAGCCACAUUCAGACAGCCCAUUAGAAUCAAAUGAUGCUGACAUGAAAAUGGACUUAGAAUUGUCUAAAACUGACAAAGACUAUCCUAGUAAUAUACACAAAAAUGAAAAAGAAAAUGAACUUUCUCAAAGUGAACAGAAGCCACUAGUUGAAAAAGAAACUGGACUUCUUUCUGAGGAGGUUUCUGCUCAGGAUUAUACCAUCACAUCAGAACAAACAGAGAGUGCUGCUACUGUUGAAGCAACAUUUGAUGUUAAUAAAAAAACAUCUGAGUAUAAAUUCACAGGGCUGGUUACAUUGCCUGAAGAAAAUCCUUUCGAGGAGGCACAGCAAGAUAAUGUUACAUCCACUUUAGGAAGUGAUAUGUCUUAUGAAGGCUUGCUUGAAACUGUCAGCAUCCAGCCCCAUACAAGUCAGCCAUUUAGUGAAAAUGAAAACGUUGAAGUUAAAAGCAAGCUGAGUGAAUGUGAAUUAGUUCAAAAACAUGAGCCAGUUCCGGAUUCUGUGAAGGAAAUAUACAGCAGUGAAGUAUGUGACACAGAAAGCACACAACAGCGUAUUCCAUUUGAUGAGGAUAAGUCUGGAAUGUCAACAUAUUUUGAGACAUCAGUUUUAAAAGAUGAGGUUUCCAAAUAUGUGGAGCAAAAAGGUAAGGAUUAUUAUGAAUUAAGUGAUACAAAAGCUGCAGAAGAUGAACCUCAGGACUCCGUUCAUUUUCUACCUACGAAUGGAGAAACACAGCCAUCACCAGAGAAAGACAGUGCAGUAAAUGUAUUAAAUGAUGAUGAAGAAGGUUACAGUGAGGUAGCAAAACCAGAAGUAGUUGAAGAAGAUGCUCUGGCAAAGGCCUUAUCUGAUGCAGCUUUCACAGCAGAUAGGAGAGUUUAUGAAUCUCGAAAAGAACAGCACAUUCAUAGUAAAAAUAAAGAUGACAGCCAUGUAAAUUUUGGCCGAAGUUUAGGUCUAGGAGGCCGAUCUGCAAUAGAACAGCGGAGUAUGUCUAUAAAUUUGCCAGCAUCAUGGUUCGAUUCUCUAGGACUUAAACUAGGACAUGACCAUGCACAGCCCCUUUCUCCACUACCUUCAGAUAUUUUGGAAUACAGUGGAAGUACCUCAGAUGAUUCUACUAAUUAUUUGCCAACUCCAAUUACAGAGGAGGCCCCUUGCUUUCCAGCAACACUUAAAAAGGAAGAUGAACACACACACACCACUGAAACAAAAUUGGAAGGUGAUGUGCCUCUGGAACCACAGUAUGAGUCAUCCUCCCCCAUAAAAGAAUACUAUAAAAAUGGAACUGUAAUGGCACCUGAUUUGCCUGAAAUGCUGGACUUAGCAGGCACAAGGUCUAGAGGUGCAUCUUUAAGUGCAGAGGCAGAUUAUUCAAGAAGAAAGUCUGUACCUAUGGCAGAAGAGAGUAACAUAGUCCAGUCUUCCUUGUCUGACAGCCAAAAUGUUAGUAAAAGUGAUGUCCAAAUGGAAGAAGCAGGCUAUUGUGUGUUUAGUAAAUAUUCUGCUCCAAUGCCAUCUCCUGUAGAAGCAAUUAUUCCUCCUGUUACCCUGGAAGAGAAUAGAUUGCUUCAGCACAUUUGUUUAGCCAGUGAGAAACUUCAAGGUAGAACGAUAUUAGAUGAAGCGCCAUCUGAAUUAGAUCUAACUGAGGAUAAAACUAAAGAAAAAGAAAAACACAUGGAUGAUAUAAUCAGUGUUAUUAAAGACACAUUCCCAUGUGUCGGUGAUAUUUCAGAGGUCACUGAUGGAACUUCUGUUGGUAAUGUUGCAACAACUAUGAAGUCUCAGUUAGACACACACAUUCAAGAAGAAACCGUGUCAGAACAAGUAAUGGUUUUAGAAGAUGAAAAACAUGCCAUGUUUGGGGCAGUUACCACUAUUUUAGAAGAUGUCCAAAAAGAAAUGAAUACACAUAUGGUAGAAGAAAUACAACCCAAGACAGAUACUGAAAAAGAUGCUAGUCCUAUUACAGAGAAAGAGCAACCUGAUUUGAGUGCAAGUGUAACUGUGGAAAGCUGCAAAGACAUAGAUAUUUCUGCAAAAAUCAGCCCAGUUUUAGAGAUUGUGUCCACAGAUCCUAAGCAACAUAAAGCAGACGAAGAAGAGUAUGGCCUACAUGGAGCUGUUGGCAGUGAUGCUGAAAAAAAUGGUGAAGGAUCUGUAUCACUAGUAGAAACAUUACCUCCUUUAAUGGUUUCAGGAACGCAAUUAAUUGAGAAUACACAAGAAUCAACAUGUGUCCCUGAAACACUUCUUUCUCAGCAGCUUGAUAGUCAAGUACAUAUAUCUUUAGCAGAUGACCUAGCAAAACAGAUAAAUAAAGAUAUUUUGGGGCAGGAAUCAUUAUCUGUGAAAGACAGUGUUAAGCAACCAGAGAUGGAGUUAAAAGAGAAAGCUGCAAAGCCAGACUUAGUGCACCAAGAAGCAGUUGAUAAAGAAGAAGCAUAUGAACCUUCUGUAGAGCAACAGCAGUCUAUAGAUUCAGUAGAUACAGAAAUGGCAAAAACAGCAGAGGAUCAAAAUUUGCCUCCAACUGAUUUUCUUCUUAAAUCAUCUCUUGACAGUGUUAACGUGGCUGAAACAGAAACUCUGUCCACCCCUGUAUCUGAUCAAAAAGAUAGUCUUGACAUAGUGGGUGGUGAGAGCUUCCCACAUGAAGAAAAAGUAGAGGAGGCUGCUAAACCUGCUAUCUCUGAAGACUCAGUUUUAGUAAUACCAAAGGAAGCUGUUAAACCUGAAAGUGAUUUCAAACCAAUUUCAGCAGUUGUUUCUGAAUCACCUAUUGAAGAGGACAUAACUUCUGAGAAACAAAUACCUGAAGAAGAAGUUGAACUACAAAAUGAUGUAGAAAUUCUUGAUGAAAACAAGUUUAAGACUUUGUCUGUCAGUGAAGCUGUGGCUGAAGAAGUUGUAUCUGAUAUUGCUGAAAGUAACCAAGGUAUCAUAGAAUCAGUUGUUACUGUUGAAGAUGACUUUAUAACAAUUAUCCAGACAACUGUAGAUGCUACAGAAGCUGUCUCUCACAGUGUAAGAUUUGCUGCCCCACUUGACAUUGAAGAAGAUAAUACACAGAUUUCAGAAGAACAUCCUGUGCUACCAGAAGAAACUGGCUAUGAGGCUGAGUCUCAAGACGAGCCUUCUGAAAUUCCUCUGACUAAUGGACGGGAGGAAGAGGAGGAGGAGGAAGAAGAGGAAGAAUCCAAGCUGACAGAAUACAAGACAGAGACAUAUGAUGAUUACAGAGAUGAAACCACCAUUGAUGAUUCUGUCCUGGACACAGACAGUCAGUGGAUAGAUACUCAAGAUGAAGAUAAGAGCAUCAUGACUGAACACUUAGAGGUUAUACCUAAAGAAGACACUAUUCCUAAAGAGGAGACACCAGAACAUAAACCCAGGAGGCCUUCUUUGGAUAAACAUAAAAAAGAAAAAACAUUUAGAGGUGGAAAAGGCAAAAUUUCUACCCCUGAAAGAAAACCUCCCAGAAAAGAGUCUGUUACAGUCUCCAGGGAUGAAAUGAGGAAGAAAAAAGCAGUGUGUAAGAAGGGUGAACUUGUUAAAAAAUCUGAAGUUCAGACCCACUCUCCCUCCAGGAAAAUCAUUUUAAAACCUGCUGCCAAAUACCCUAGAACAACUCCUCAUUCUGGUGUUAAACGGAAGCUAACAGGUAAUGAAGCAAGGUCAACACCAGGAGCUAUAAGACAAGGAAGGGACAAAAUUGCAGUUUGCAGAACAGCAGAUACAGAAAAAGGGAGGAUGGAGCUAAGGGAGGGGCAGCCCCAGCAGCAGGAAAGAUGGCCAAAGAUCUGCCAGGACGGCAGUACUACCAAAAGCCCAGAGAGACGAUCAGCAUUGCCAAGACCUUCAACCCUUACUACUAGAAAGAUUCAACCAUUUGAAAGGGAUGAAAAUUCCUUCAUUACAUCAAUGUCUGCUCCAUACAGACCCAGGUCAGAACCUAGCCGGUAUAGAACAACUAAAAGUGGAACUUCCACACCAACAACACCAGGAUCAACUGCUAUUACCCCAGCUACUCCACCAAGUUACUCUUCCCGCACACCAGGCACUCCAGGCACCCCACGUUAUCCAAGGACUCCCAGAACACCCGGUACACCCAAAUCUGCUAUUCUUUUUCAAACUGAAAAGAAGGUAGCAGUUAUUCGCACUCCUCCUAAAUCCCCAGGCACCAUGAAACAGAUGCGUGUCCUCAGUCAACCUCUCCCAGAUUUGAAGAAUAUCAGAGCAAAAGUUGGAUCAACAGACAACAUGAAGUAUCAGCCCAAAGGAGGACAAAUACAAAUAUUAACCAAGAAAAUUGACCUAAGUCAUGUGACAUCCAAAUGUGGCUCUUUUGACAAUAUCCACCACAGACCAGGUGGAGGAAAUAUAAAGAUUGAAAGUGUGAAACUGGAUUUCAAGGACAAAGCCCAAGCUAAGGUUGGCUCAUUGGAAAAUACCCAUCAUACGCCAGGAGGCGGAAAUGUUCGGAUCGAAAGCCAGAAGCUUUCUUUCAGAGAGAAUGCUAAAGCUCGAGUUGACCAUGGGGCUGAAAUUGUCACCCAGUCCCCUGGCAGAUCCAGCCUCACUUCUCCAAAUAGACUUAGUAAUGUCUCUUCAUCAGGCAGUAUCAAUCUUCUGGAAUCACCACAGCUUGCAACUCUCGCUGAAGACGUAACUGCAGCACUCGCUAAACAAGGCUUGUGAACUGUUUACUUGUAAUUCCACUAAGUACCACCAACAUGAAUAAGAAGAUAUAUAUUGUACACUUGAGAGGCAUGGUCUCUGGGAAGCGGAAAAAAAGCCUCAAGCAAACUUUGUUUAAUUUUUCAUUAAGCCCACUAUUCUGAAAUGAGUGCAUAGUUAGCAGGCAAAUUACGUAGCAACAUAAAUUUGAUUACACACUGGCUUAAUAUGAGUGCAUGCUAUAAAGCCUUUCUCAAAGUAGCCAUUGAUCUGCUCUGUUGUGUACAGUGUAGUCUGAAGAAGCUUUUGGCUCAGAGUUCGACACCUCUGUGCAGAGAUGUUAUAACUCACUACUCGCUUCAGGAUGUGGCUGUGGGAGGGUUUACAACAAUGAUUUUUUUAAAAACAUGUUAAUUUAAGGAAUUGGAUCAUAUAUUUGGAUCAGCAAAUAACUCUAUUUUGAAAUAAUUUUUUUAAUAAAAUGGGCAAAAAGAUUUGUUAAUCUACUGAAAAGCAAAAGCUGGUCAAGACACUGCCUGACUAGUCCAGCUAAUUACUUAAAAACGGAAUCUACAGUCUGCCAGUAGAGAAAAGGAAAGUACUUGGAAGUAACAAAAAAAAAAUCCAGAAUUAAAAAUCAGUGAUACUUCCAGUAAAGAACAGCUGUGUCUUCUUAGGGUAUUAGCUAAAUGUUACGUUUGUGCAUACACUAAAUAAUCACAAUGUCUUCAUUUGUUUGAUACAGUAUUAUAGACGUAUCCUCUGUGACCAUUUGUGAUAUUCUCUCAUAGGAUGUUUUUCAACGCAGUGUUCCUUUUUCCCCAGAAGCUGUGUCUCUUGAACCCAUCAUGUUAAUCUUUUAGGUUAUGCAAAGUAGAUAUUAGCAGUUUUAUAGACCUCAAGAGUUUCUCCCAGUUUGAAAAAAUAUAAUAGCAAAGGUAGCAUAAAAUGCUUUAUUUGACAACUAGAAAAAACACACAAGCUGUAACCAGGUUUAAGCAGUUGUUCAUUUCUCUGUUCAUUAAAUAGUUCUUUUUCUAACCA